CUAUAAGACCCCGUGGAUGAAGAAUGGUGUAGGGAGUACAAAAUGAUUAUGAAGAAUGGUGUAGGGAGUACAAAAUGAUAAUGAAGAAUGGUGUAGGGAGUACAAAAUGAUAAAAACCGCAAAUUCUCAGAAAUUCAUCCUCAACCAGUUCUGUGAUAACCAACUUCCAUGCGUUGCUAAAUUUAAGUCCUAAAAUCUAAACAAGGAUGUUAACAACCCCUGUGGUCCACACGUGUAAACUCAUUUAGAAAAUAAUUCACAAAUAAAUUAUUAGUGCUGUCCAAGCAUGGCGUCUGCUUUGAAAAAGUUCCGUCAACUAGAGAAACAGUCUGAAAAUGUUCCACCACCCUCCUCUGCUGCUUCAAAACCACAGAGAAAGAAGCAGCCAGCUCUCUAUCAACAUAUUUCUCUCAAAUUUGAAAAUCAGGAAGAAGCUCGUAGACAAAGAGCACUUGAUCUCAGACAGAUGAGAGAGGAGGAGCGCCGGAUGAAAGAAGAGGAAGAAAAAAGAAGAAAAGAAGAGAAAGAAAGAUUAAAAAAAGAACAAUUAGAAGAAGAAAAAAGAAAAAAGGAAGAAGCAGAGCAGAAGCGUGUUCAGGAGGAAAUUGAUCGUUUAGCUCGUGAAGCAGAAGAGAAAAGAAUUGAAAAAGAAAAACUAAAAGCAGAAGAAGAAAAGAAACUAAGAUCACAACUAACUGCAAAGUCAAUGUAUGAGCAAGCCUUGAACUCCAUGAGAAAUGCUCAAAAAUCUUUAAGUUCAGACAAAGUUGUAACUUUAAGAAAAGGAACAAUAAGUGAUAUUAGGAAUAAGAUAUUUGAAAAGAAAGCUGCAGAACAAAAACCUAUUUCUAAAAAGAUUGUACCAAAAAAGCAUAUAAUAACUGACAAUGAUAAAACAGUUAAAGAAAAUGAGUUAGUAAAUGAUGAAGAAGUUGUCAUGAAAGAAAUCACAAAGCUAGAAAACAAUAAAGCUGAUGAAACAAAUGUUGAAGAACAAAACAAACCUGAAAUUAUAGCUGCAGAUGAAUCAACUCAGAAAGAUGAUGGAAAAAAUAACAAGAGGCAGUCUUUUAUCAAUGAUUUUGCAGCUCUGGAAAAAACUUACAGAAUGUUAGGAAUUCACAAAGAAUCAGUGAAAUUAGAUGAAGAAAUUAAACCAGAGAAGAAGAGACAUGCAAGUGAAGGAAAAGCCAAGAAGAAAUCAAAAUCAAAAUCUAUCUCAGACAUGAAAAAGAAUGAAGAAGAUUUAGCAGUUAAAGUAGAAGUCAACAAGAUAAAAAUUGAUGCUCUUGAUAAAGGACAGUCUGAGGCUAAACGAAACUUUUUCCAAGACCUAAUCAAUGAGAAGAAAGGCCUGGUACCAAAGGAUGUAGUUUUAAAUGGGCCAAAGCUUAGAAAGAAAACAGAUCUUGUUUCAGCCUUUGAACAGAAAACAAGGGAAAGCACUAAAAGAAACAGUUUAAUCAAGGAAGAUGUAAAGGUUGAUGCCUUGUUAUUUUCAAAUUUUAUAAAUAAAUUUGAAACAGAGGAUCAAAGGGCUGAAGCAAAGAUUAAAAUAGCACAAAUAACUGCACAACAAAAGAAAUUUGAGGCUCGCAAAAGAGCAUUGGAGGAAGAACUUCGAAAGCGAAAAGAAGAAGAAGAAGAAGAAGAAAGAGUUUUGCAAGCUCAAUUAGAAGAGCAGAUAUUAGAGCAGCAAAUGAUGGAAGAAAAGGAAGAUAGAUUAAGAGCAGAAUAUGAAUUAAAGAAGGUCCAAACUGAACUUGAAAAUCAAUCCAAAGAGGAAAAAAAAGUUAAGAAAGUUAAAAAGAAAAAGAAGAAAGAUGAAAGUAAACCUGAAGAGUUACCUCAACUUAAAAUGGGAUUUUUGGAUUUUUCAGACAACAAAAGUAAGUUUGAACAGCUAAGAAAUAAGGAAGCACUUUCACCUGAAGUAAAACAAGUUAAAGUGAACAAACUCACAGUCAACCCAUUUAUACAAUCCAACUUUGAGGAUAAAAAAGAAAUAAGAAGUGCUCCGGUAAAAAUAAAUAAACUACAAAAAAAUAAAUUUAUCAAACAGCUUGAAAAAACUGAAACGCCAGCACUUAGAGAAGGCCCCAAAAAUAAAAUAUCUGACACCCAGAAGAAGGUUCAACCUGAAAUCAAGUUUGAAAGCAAAAAAAUCAGUGCUUCUAAAAAGGAAGAAAUUGUUGCUGAGACUACAGUUUUAAUGCCAAAAGUAAGAGGCAGCAAAAGUAUUGAAAAUCCCAUUCCUGGGAAAAAAGAAAAGAAACACUCCAGUACUCUUUCCUUGUUAUUUGACAAUACAAAGCAAUUCUUUAGAAAUUCCAAGGAAAAGUUAAUGAGAUUAUCCAAAGAAGCGUUGAAUGAGUUGGAAGAAAUGCAUUCCCCAGUAAAACCAACAACGUCGGAAAUGCAAAACUAUCUUUUAUCUCACGUACUCUUUGAUAAAGCAGAGGUGCAAAGUAAACCCCUUAAGGAAAUAUCUUUAACUAAAGAAGAAGAGUUUGAUCUUUAUUUGGAUAAGGAAUAUAAAGACAAAAUUGAGCAAUACUGUUCUCUUGUUGAAGAAAGUAAGCCAAGAAAACCCAAAAAAGUUUCUAAAAAAGAGCUUCCUCAAAUAAAACUAGUGGAGGUUAAAUCAAUUCAGGAACAACUAAGGAACCAAUUAGAAAGAACAUCAGAGAAAAGAGGAAUAAAUGAAGAAUUGGAAAACCUUGGUAACAGGAGAGUUAAAGAAAUGAAAGAACUUUUAACAAUGGAACUUGAAAAAAACAAGUCAGAAGAAAGACAAAGAGUUAAGCCAAAAAAGAUUAACAACAGCAUAUUAAACAAAAUUAAAUCACUGGAACAAGCUGAAGAGGAGAGAAUAAAAAGAGAAAAAGAAAAUGAAGAACGUAUUCAAAAACUUGUAGAAAAAGAAAUGCUACGGGAGGAAAAGCGCAGAGAAAAAGAAUUACAAGCAAAAGGGGAAAAUGACGAACAAGAUGAAGAUGAGGAUGAAGAUGAUGAUGAAGAUGAGGAAUUGAAAAGAGAUAUUAGAAUAAGAUUGGAAGAAGAAUUAGACAAUCUAGAAGAGGAACAAAGAGAACUUGAAACAACAGAAAAAAUGUUGAUUGACGAAGAGAAGGCAUGGGAAGGUGAUGCUCAAAUAGAGAGAGAGGAAAUAGAAGAUAAUUUGGAAAUAAAAGAAAUUAAGGAAGACAUCAUAGAGAGAAGAAAAAAUGCUGACCACAGAAAAAAAGUUUUGCAACAGUUUCAGCAUAUAUUUGACCAUAAUGAAAAUGGCCAAAAAAUGAAUGAUGAAUUUUCCUUGCAGACACAAGAAAAAGCAAGCAAGAAAAAAUUUGAAGACAAUGUUCUUUUUGGUGUGUCAGAUAUAAUAAUAAAAGUCAAGAACAAGUUUGAAGCAACCCCUGAGGAAAACAAUGAUUUUUAUAAAACAGAGGUAAAAAGAAAAUUAAAUGAUGCUGCUCUCCGAUUUGAAACAAUGAAAGCUGAUUCACCAGAGAACAUUCCUCGACAAAAAUCUGACAAGCAAUGGACCUGGAAAAGUAAGACACCACUUGAGUUGGAACUUGAAAACAUGCCAAAAAAGGAGCAGCCUGAUCUUUCAAAGAAACCCCAUGGCAAAAAAGGAUAUCAGGAAUUAAAAUAUGAUGAACUUCUGGAAGAUAUUAAUGCUGUCAAGCAAAGGCUAAAAGAACGCAAUAUUAACUUGGAAAAUGAAGAAAAAAUGGAAGAAAUGAAUAGAUUUAUGGAAGAAAUAAAGCAAAGUUUGAGAGAAAUUGAAAAUGAGGACACAGAAGACCUUGAAAUUAUCAAACCAACCAAUAAAAGAAUCAAAAAGAAAUCAGAGCCAAAGAAAAAUACAGAUGUUAAAAAGUCAGAAAGAUCUGCUCUUAUUCAAAAUCUGAAAAAAGAACUUUUCAUUGAAAAUCAGAGGAAAACAAACUCGUCAACAGGGACAGAUCUUGAGGACUUUAACAUUUCUGUUAAUUCAUUAAAAAAGAAAAUCACAGAAAAUGACUCAGCCUCUGAUGCCAGAGUUUCUUUGGACAAGGUUCCGUUAAAGUCAAAUUCAGGUGUUGUAUCCAAGAUUGCUGAAAUGCUUGUAGUCCCUGAUGAUUCAAUUAAGAACACUGACUUAAGGAAAGCUCCGAAGCUAUUGUUGAGGAAUACAACUCUUGAAAAUGAAGAUGAUUCCCCUCUAAAGACGUUGGAAGAGCUAAAGACAGAACAGCAAAAUAAAAAAUGGGCCUGGAAAGAGAAAGAGAUGUCAGAUUUGCAAGAUUACAUAAAAUCCUUUGAUAACAUAGUUCCAAAGAAAAUAAUAGAUCAGCAAAAGAAUCUACAAGAUCUUGAAGAAGAACUCAAUGUUGUUGAAUCAUUGAUAAGCAACAAGGAUACAGAUAUCAUUGUUCAAAUAAGAGAAGAAAAAGAACGAGAAUUCAAUAAUUUUAUGCACGGAGUUAAAUGUUAUUUAAGUGAAGAGACCAAAACUUCCGAGGAAGACAACUUUAAGAAGGGAAUGCAAUCUUAUCUAGAUCUAAUUGAUGAAAAAAAAACAGAACAUAAAAUGUACACUUCACCUCCUUUAAAGAACAACACCUUGAAUAAACUUAAAUCUAAAUUAUUUCAAGAAGACUCAAAAAGUACUGAGUCAACCCCACCAUCUCCAUUAGUAAGAAAACUUCCAAUGUCAGUAAUUAAUGCCAUAGCGACACCUAAACCCUCUGAGCUUGUAAAACCUACUUUAUCUCCAGAAAUAAGCAGUACUUCAACAAAGAUUGCAAAGAACCUGUUUGAAACCCAGAAAGAGAUUCCGAGUCCAGUGAUAAAAUCUAAAGGCCUUCAUCCAAGUGUAUUAAACCUAAAAAGGUCAAACAGUAACACUCUCAGAAAAAAUAUUCAAAAUCAAUUGAAAUACAAAUUGAAAACCAUUCUUGAAGUUCAUGAGUACAUCGAGAGUCAUGAAAACCUUUGUGUACCAACUGUCAUUGAAACUAUACAAAAGUUUAUCCUUGCCAAAAAAACUGAAGAUAAAUUAUCUUGCCAUCAAAAGUUUUUGGAGACCUCAAGGUUUUUUGUUGAGCAAAAGGCUAGGUCUGAAGAACAAAAAAUAUUCAAAGACAAUAUUGAGGCUUAUCUGAAGAUUAUUGAGAACCCAGACAAUCUUAGCAAUGGCACUCCAAAGCUUAAAAAGCAUGCCAGCUUAGAGGUUCAGCCCAACACAAAUAUUAAAAAGAAAGAGAUUCAAAUUUGCAGUAAUUCUGAGAGAGAACUUGAAAAAUAUAAGAUGUUAAACCCUGAAGAAAAACGAAAAAGCAUUUUACAGAAAUAUGGGUUUAAAGAUAGAAUUCAAGUUACAGAAAUAUCAGAUGACUCUGAUGACUCUGCUGAUGAAAAUAUAGAAGAAAAUGUAAAAGAUCUAUCAGACAAUGAACUUUGCCUAAAGUAUGGCCUUCCUCUAAUUUACAUUCCUGAAGAGAAUAAACAAGAAAGUUCAUCAAAUUCUAUCAUUGGGUUUAAGAACCUUCUGUCUAAGAUAAGACAGGUUUCUGUUGGUAAACAAGGAGAACAUGUUUAUUCACCAACAAUUCAAAGGAAAGAUGAAAGACUUGAUAAUAAACCAGUCCCUGGAUCUGCAAGCAAAAUUAAGAAUAUCUUUGAGACUCAAGAAACGCACAAGUCAGAAAGCAGCUCCAUGACUCCUCAUAGACAAGUGGAUUUGGAGAUUUUUAACAGUGGGAUAAAUAGUAGGAUUAAAAAACAGUUUGAACAGCUUACACCUUCUCCAGAAUUAGUUAGAAAAUUCCCCACCAUGAGCCUGCAAAAAAGUUCUACUGUUUCAAAUAUUGGGUCAAUGUUUGAAAAUUUCAAGGAAGAUGAAAAUUCUGUAAAUAAUAGCCCCUCUCUGAAUGAAAACAGACUCUUGUCUAUAGAGAAAAGUAGAUCUUUCUCAAAAUUCAAGAAUGCAUUUGAGGCAGGAGUUGGACUAAAUGAUGACGAAGAACCUGAUAUGUCUGAAAAUUAUGCAAAAGCUGGAGUGAAGGCUGAGCUAAAUGCUUUGAAGUCAUCCAGCAAAAUUCAAAGAAUGUUUAGAAUUAACAGAUCUAAUUCAGAUGUAGAACACAGCCCACGAAAAGAAAGAGAAUUGGAUGAGAAAACAUUGCAUGAAAUAUCAAAAUCAAGAAGUGAAAUAACUAACAUGUUUGAGUCCAAAAUCCCAAAGAUUACAUUUGGGGGAAGUAAACCAAAGAAAGCUUCUGAACCUGUAAAACCCAAAGUGAAAAAAGAAGAAUCUAGUGAAAAUCGCAAAUGGGUCUUUGACACAAUACAAAAGUACUUUGACGUUAUAGUAGAAGAAGAACAGGAGGAAGAAGAAGAAGAUGAAGAGGAGGAUCCAGAUAAUAAUGUUGAAGAUGAUGAUGAAAGUGAUUACACAAGUGCAGAAGAAGAACUCCAUGAACCAACUGUUUCUGGAAGAAUUUCUGUUCUGAAAGAAAUUGAUGUUUCCGCUUUCUUCCAAAAUAACAAGCCAGCAGACAAAGUAGUAACUCCCAUCAUUUCAAAGAGAAAAAUUUCAAUUGAUGAUUUUGUUGAUGAUGCUGCUAAACAGUUUGAUGAAAUGACAGAUGGUUCAAACACAAGUCUGGAUGCUCUAAACAAAAAACCUACAAAAGGUGUAAGCUGGCAAAACUUAAACCAACUCUCAAAAUCAAAUUCAAGCACAAAAAUCAGGGGACUGCUAACAUCUGUAGUCCAUGGCUCAGCCAACAACUUAAACUUAAAUACUUUUAAAUCUAAUCUCCUGGCCCAUCUCAACUCUAAAAAUAGCAGUCUGAAGGUGAACACUAAAAACUAUGAUCCUGGCGUCGCAGACGAUUCAGAUUCUGAAUAUUCCGAAUAUGAUGAUUAGAGUUUUAAUCUUAGAUUUAUAUUGUAUUUCUUACAAAAUUGUCAGGUUUUUUUGUGAGAAUAAUUAAAAAUUGCAUCAUUUAACAAAUUUGGAAAAAAAAGUUUAAAAUAUUUAUUUAAUUUAAA